GUCCCUUUCUGGUGCGCAUUUCAACACAUGUUUUGAAGAUUGAUCUUUUUCACUGGCGGUAUCGCAGGCCCGCGACUACGACACUCCGUGAACCAAAAUGACGAGCAAGAUGAUCCUCGCCUCCUGUAUGACCCCUUGACAACUUCUACUCAGCUGCAGUAGCAAAGAUGGGCAACAACUUUUCCACCCGUGUCCAGGGGCAUUUAUCUGAGCAGCAGUCGACCCAGACGACACUUUCCACCACUACUGGCGCAGGAGCCAACAAAUUCUCCGACACGGCGAAUGUCCCGAUCGUCAACAAUCUGCUGUACGAAGAAUGGCUCGCGAGCAACAAGCUGUUCAAAACGGCGAAGUCAACCCAUACGAAACAUGGGAAAGUGAUCUGUAAGGUUUUCUUCCACCGGGACUUACUCGACCCGAAGGUUUUUUCCGAAAUCGUGAAAAUCUUGAAAAGAAUCCGGAAGCAGUUGACAAACAACGGGGACAAUUCGAAGUUGAAUGGUAACUUCGCUUGCGUUUCUAAUGUUGUCCCUUACGAAGGGAUUGAGUUCGUCGACCCAGACCAGCAUGUGUCGAAUUACAACCAAGCGGAUGGGAUAUUGGCGCAGCAAUCCCUCGGAACUACCGCGGCGAACAACAAUCUGCAGGGCGAGGUGCCGAUAACGCCUGGCGGGGAGAAUGCCCAGUUGACUGGGAAGUCGG